AUGGUCCAGUGGCGUGGUGGCCCCAAUGAAAUCAAGUCCGAUGUGAGCCGUCUCGAGACCUCUAUGGCCGCGAAGCCAUACACUUCUGCGAGAAGCCAUAAAGAUGAGGUGACCAGCCCAACUCGGCGACAGAAUCAGGGCGGCCCUGCCAACGAGUCCAGCGUCGAGAAUUACUUCGAAAUCCCUUACGAUGCCGACGAACCCCGAGCCGCGCGGUCCCCAGAGAUGGUUGAGGAGGGAUAUAUUGAACAGGAAAUGACACAACGCGAAAGGGACGUCGCAGAGGCAUGCACCUUUCUGGAAGGCUUUAUCAUGGAGCGAUGGGAAACGCAAUUGCAGGCGGGAUACAUCAAAAUUGUCUGCAACUUGACCUUGGACGAGAUCAGAGAGCUUGGUAGACUACGUAUGGCAGAAGGCACAAGAGAAUGCCGAAAGCUCAUCACGGCUCCGGUACUUCACGAUGCCAUCGGCCAUGCUCUCUGGCUUGAGAUGGCAAAUGAGAUUGGCAGGCACGAGAUGACCACACAGUUCGCCAACACGAGCCUGACUGCAGUGACCGAGAAGGAGGAGACACCAAGACCUUCUGUCAUCAAGUGGUCGAUCGAGAAAGAGGUGGCCGAACGCAGAGCAAGAUCGAUGAGGAGGCGGGCUACGGAGGGCGACGUCUUCACUGAACCGACGUCGUCCUUGAACCGCUCGGUUCCGCCCACCGCGGAUCGUACAAGGCGAAAGAGCGAAAUGUCGACCCUUCGACCCAAUCAGAUCAUGUGCACGACAUGCGGAAGCCGUGCGAUGCCCGACUACAAGCCUGACGAAGAGCAAAGCCAGACCGAUGAGGACGAGAACUACGAUGUGGAUAUGAGCGCCCCACAAGAGAAUGGCGACGUUGAGUUACAGGAGGCGACCAACUGCAUGGAAAGGCAAGUGAAAAAGCGAAGCAGCAUCUCGAGGCGGCUGUCCCUCAAGGUGAACCAGACUCUGACAAAGUUCGGUGAGGGUCUCGCGCCUGGCUACAUGUACGGUGGUGGCGCGGGCGGCCGGGUGCUCGAUUGA